AUGGCUAAAGCUUAUGACAGGGUUCAUUGGGAUUCUUUAUUUCAAGUCCUAGUAGGGUUUGGUUUUUCAAAUCAGUUCUGUAACUUGGUGAAGGAAUGUGAAAUUCUCUCCAGGCUUUUGCGGAAACAAUUUGAAGAUGGUUGCAUUGGAAAGUUCUAUCAUCCUUUGGGGACCCCGUUGAUUUUACACUUAUUAUAUGCAGAUGAUAUUCUGAUGUUCCUCAAUGGUGAGAACCGUUCAUUGCGUCAACUUUGUAGCACAUUGUCCUGUUAUGAGCGACGGUCGUGGCAAUGCAUUAGUCGUGAGAAAUUUGCUAUUUUUGGUUCGCCCACCAUUAGUUCAGCUCGGAAGAGGAGUUUGGUGCGCUUGACUGGGUUUGCAAAAGGUAAUUUUCUGGUGAUGUAUCUUGGGGUUCCCUUGGUGCGUGGUCAACUGAAAGCUGGCCAUUUUGAUCAGUUGAUAGUGAAAAUUCGAGCCAAUGUUGCAGGUUGGAAAGCGAAGUUGUUUUCACAAGGGGGGAGGUUGAUUUUUCUAAACCAUGUUUUGUCUAGUAUGGCUUCACAUUUAAUGGCUGUUCUGGAAGUUCCGCAGAUUGUUCUCAAAAAAAUUAAUUCAAUCCUCUCCACUUUCUUUUGGGGAGAGCAUAAUGGGAAAGCAAAAAUCAAGUGA